UCCGUCGAGCAAUGUAGAAAGCGUGACCGAAGAGAGAAUACAACGUGUAUACAAAUAUCAAGAAGGCGCUCAUGCCUAUCUUCAACCAGUACCUCAUUUAGAACACGGCGAAUAAGUCCAAGGUGAAUGCGCUCACGGUCAUCAUAAUGACGGAUGAUUUAUGGAAAGGCCUGACGAACAAGAAUGAGAUUAUUGAUACUAUUGUUUAGUUUCAUAAGGAUCUCAAGGAGGACAUGGGUAAGAUCAAGAUCGAUCGCCAAGUGAGCAUCGAAUUCAUCGAAUUUGGCGAUGACCAAGAAACGCAUGAACGGCUGCGGCGUCUCGAUGAUGACAUGCCUUUCCGCGGCGUCUCCGAUAUGAUUGACACUGAAAAAUUCUCCGUUACUAGCAACAUCUCCACAAUGCUUCUAGGCUUGCUCGUGGAGGCAAUGGACAUGCUCAACGACGACAGCCUCGAGCACCUCUCUACGAUUGACGACACUGAAUCAUCUCCCUUGCAAACCACUGGACCCACACAAGUCAACACCCUGCCACUGCGAUCCAUAUCGGAGGAGUCGAACGGCAGCAGCUUCUCGUCGUCCACUGCGUCCAUGCAUUACACGCAGCAGACACUACCAUCCCUACCGUCACCACCAUUCUCCCCGCAGCAAGCGCAACCAAAGGCAAAGAAUAACAGGCUUUCCGUUCCAAGCUUUCUUUCUCGAUCGUAAUGAUGAAUCUUUCCUACCGUCCUCGUACCGCAUAUUCAUUUUCCCCUUUU